UACGUCUGCAGGAAACAGCAAUAGGACUGAUCAUCGACCCUCAAACUCAUCAAAACAACAGCAAUAAAAAGGUUCUGCAUCUUUACAGAACCUAGAACCUAGAACCAGACCAAGACCCAAGAUUCCUGCAGUUUGUGUUUUCACAACAUGAGCACACGUUGUGUUUUAUUGUAACAGAAGCGUCAGUCACGUCGACUCUAAUUAUUGAUUUUAAUUUCAGAAACUCUUUAGGGUGAUCACCACUCUGACAUUUGUUUUGAAAGCUGUCCCCGGAAGUGCCGGUGUGUAGGUCAGCAGUUUUCACUCAGAGGUGUGUUAGCCGUUAGCUGUUAGCUGAAGCUACAUCAGGACACCGUUAGGCUGAGUGUAAACAGACAGAUGGAGCCGCACCGUCAGCUGAUGGAGGAACCUGAGCUGAGAACUACAGGACUACUACAACAGGACGGCUGUAGCUCAGCGGGUAGAGCAGGUCGACUAGUGAUCGGAAGAUAUCCAUCAGCUGUUGGUGAGUAAAGAUAAGGUUCCCCAUGUACAGUGGAACCCCUGUCUGGACCAGGACCUAGAACUUCCACACAUUAAAGAGAAAAAGGAAGAACUGUGGGCCGAUCAGGAGGAUGCUGAUAUCAGUCCUGUCCCAGUGAAGAGUGAAGAUGACAAAGGUUCAGAUGGGAACAACAUGACAUCCAGCAGCUGUUGGUGAGUGAAGAAAUGGUUCUCCAUGAAAAGUGGAACCCCAGUCUGGACCACGAGGACACAGAAACUCCACACAUUAAAGAGGAACCAGAGGAACUCUGGAUUCAUUCAAGGCCAAUCUGGAAUUUAAUUCAACCCAACACUGAGAACAAGACUUCAGAAUGUUCAGAACUGAAGACAGAAGUCAGUGACGAUGAUUGGAUGGAGAACAGAGAACCUCAAUUGGUUCCGAACUCCCUAAAGAUCAUUGAGGUUCCUGUCAGUGAUGUGAGGAGUAGAACAGGUAAGAAGACGUACAGGUGCUCAGAAUGUGGGAAGAUCUUCGGCCGCAGUCCUCACCUGAAGAUCCACAUGCGGACUCACACCGGAGAGAAACCCUACAGCUGUUCCUUCUGUUCUAAAAGCUUCACUCAGAAGGUGAACCUGACGUAUCACAUGUCUGUCCACACCGGGGAGAAACGCUUCCGCUGUCGGUUCUGUGACGACAGAUUCACCUGGUACACUCAGCUGAAGAGUCAUCAGUACAUCUGUAAGGUGUCCAAUCAGAGUCAAGCUCAGGACAACAAAAAAACAGAGACCGGAGAGAAGUCCUUCAGCUGCUCGGAGUGCGGGAAAAUAUUCAGCCGCAAAGACAACCUGAACAUCCACCUGAGGAUCCACACUGGAGAGAGACCAUUUAGCUGUUAUGUCUGUGGGAAGAGCUUCAAACACGGAGGACACCUGACCCAGCACAUGUCCGUCCACAACAAAGAGAACAGGUUCAGUUGCAGUGUCUGUAACGGGAGAUUCACCUGGCUCUACCAGCUCAAGAGACACACCUGUGGAGGUGAGUCCUCACUGCUGUGCACCGAUCAUAUCCCUCCUGUCCCUGUUAGGAGUGCAGAUGAUUAUGAGGAGAAACCUCACUCCUCACAGAAGGAGACAGAAGCUCAUGGAGAGGACUGUGGAGGACCAGAACCAGACAGAAACUCUGAUCCAGAUGGACAUCUACAACCUGAGAGGGGUGACUCUUCUGGAUUUUACGCUGAUGAUGAUUGGACAGAGACUAGAGGACACGAGACAGGUUCGAACUCUCCGAGGGUCUCUGACGGUGAAACAGGAAGUAACAGCAGCAGGAAGUCAUUCAACUGCUCUGACUGUGGGAAGGUGUUUGGUCGUAAGGAACAUCUGCAGACUCAUGUGAGGAUCCACACUGGAGAGAGACCUUUCAGCUGCCCCGAGUGUGGGAAAACCUUCAGCUGUAAGAGGGCGCUGUUGGGUCACAUGACCAGUCACAGCGGAGAGAAACCCUUCAGCUGCUCUCAGUGUGGGAAGAGGUUCGGCCGGAUGGUUAACCUGAAGACACACGAGAGGCUUCACACGGGUGAGCGUCCGUUCAGCUGCCCGUUCUGUGGGAAAGGUUUCACUCAGAAGGUCCACAUGACUCAGCACAUGGCCGUCCACACUGGAGAGAAACAGUUCAGCUGUAGCAUCUGCGACAAGAAGUUCACCUGGCUGUCUGGCUUCAGACGACACAAGUGUGGCAGCGAGCAGUCGGAGCUGGACGACAGUCAGACAGAGGAGAACCCAGUGGUGGAACCAGGAGGUAAACCGUUCGGCUGUCGUCAGUGUGGUAACAGAUUCAACCACAAACACAACCUGAAGGCUCACAUGAGGAUUCACACUGGAGAGAAACCCUUCAGCUGUGCCGUCUGUGGGAAAGGCUUCACAGCGAGUGGAGCUCUUAAAAAACACUUGAGGACUCACUCGGGUGAGAAACCGUUCAGCUGCUCCGUGUGUGGCCUCAGAUUCACUCAGGGAGGAAAUCUUAAGAGACACAUGAUGCAGCACACGGGACAGACACGAGAGAAACCAUUCAGCUGCUCCAUGUGCGGGAAGAGAUUCACACAGGUGUCCAACAUGAAGCGUCAUAUGACGCAGCACGCCGCCGGUCAAAGUGCACCACCACAGGAAAUAGGGAUCUGAUGGAGGAGUCUGCCGGAGAGCCACAGAGUGUACGCAGCAACUGACAGCUGACCAGACUUACAUCUACUAUGUAUUUAAUAUAUACGAGCAUAUAUCUUUAUUGUUUUAAAAUACUGUUGGUGUCUGACAAAGAGUCUCUGAUGUUCAUGCUAAAGUAGAUUCACCGUGACACAACUCACAGAGUUGCUCGGACCCAUUCUGAAACCGUCAGUUGGUUCUGAUGCGAUCAGUAGGGAUGGUGUUUCAUCUCCAUGGCAACAACUCUGUACGUCUGUGACUGUCUGUGACUGUUGAAUGACUGCCCGAAUGUAUGAGUGUAUAAAUCUGGCUGUCUUGUCGGUGACAGAGGUCUGAUGAGAUGCUGCAGCUGAGCCUGAUGAAUGAUGUUUCACACUUGACAUUGCUCCAGCAGCGCCGCUCAUCUGCGGUGCUCCGGCCUCUGCUGCCUCAUCUGUGUGGUGAGCAGGUGAGGUGCAGAUGUGAUGUCGUCACAGCUGACGGAUCUUUGUGAGUUACUUUUCCAUCAGUGUGGAAACUGAAAUAAUUACGCUGCUUCUCAGAUAACGUGGUGUCGUGAUUGUCCACUCAGCUUUGCUUGCUUGUGUCUCGUGCUUUCAAACAAAGUAACACUACUAGCUGAAUUCAAAGGGCAGCAAACUACCACAAACUACUUUGACACCUCCUUCAAAUGGUCUGAGGCACUAAAUGACUGUUUGACCAGGUUCAGGGGCUGAACAGCUGACGGCCAUCAAUUCAGAAUUUAAGAACGUGGACGAGCUUCAGCACUGACACGUUAUGACAUCAUCACGUUCAGCUGCAGCGCUGAUAAGGGGGGUAAAGCUGAUAAUUGCAUAAUAAAGUGCAGGAUGGUCAACACUGUGCACGAGAACCUUGAUGACCUCAUCAGUGUUCUGAAUCCACCAGGACAUCGGGUUCACUGGACACCACCACACUGAACCUGCACUCAGAGACUCCACAGCAGCAGGAAACAGCGAUAGGAACCACAAGAGGAGGAGAAGCAGGAGCUAUGGUGGGAGUUCUGCAACACAAUCCGGGCUCACACCAAACAAAGGUUCUCCUUCACCUUGUGAGCACCACACUGCUACAGCAGAGAUGUUGCAGCAGCACUGUGGAGGCUCUGAAUGCUGAACAAGGCAACGCUCAAGACAGAACUGUCUCAUCUAUCAGAAUCCUGCUGUGGUCCUCUGGCACUGCACCAGGUUCUGCACCAGGUUCUGCAGAGAUACAACCACCAGGAGACAUUUUCUGACAUGCUCUGUUGAACAUUCUCAUUACCCAUUACUACCUGAAGCUGAGCAGUGUUUGUCACCGCUGAAGAGAAUCAAGACGUUCCUGCUCAGUGAAACAGGCUGGAACAUCUGAAUGCAGCAGCCAUGUUCUCCAGAGGGAGCUCGUCAGGAACACGUCUGAUUUCAAUGAGAUGGUUACUGAUCGCUUUGCUGCUCUGAAAGAGAGACGAGCAACAUUUCAAUACAAGUAAUGUAGUUUAAUGACACUCUCAUUCUUAGUCUCUGUCACACACACUCACACACACACACACACACACACACACACACAAUCUACUAACUGUUGAUGUUCUUAAUAGUUAUUUUUUUCAUUCAAAUGUUGCUUUCAGGCAAAAUGUUCAUCUGUUUAUUUUUGUUCAUGUUAAUUUUUGCACAUCUACACAACUGGCCAGAGAAUAUAUGUGUAUUUUUAGUUCACUGUUGAAUGUGUUUUAAAUUUAAAGAUAAAUAAGCUGCACAAAAUCUUAAAAUGUUGUUACUGAUAUAGCAAUCUGGACAUUAACUGUAUUUACUGUUUGUUUCUGCAAAUACAGAGUAUUGUUUGUGCGAUGUUGAGCGAUUUGAAUGCACUACCCCUUUAUUUGGAUUUAUAUAAACUAUUUGUAAUAAAAAAAC